AAUCAGGCUGCUUAAUCGAGCACCGACCGGUCGCUCAUCUGUUAUUCUUUGGCCCGGGCGAGAGGAGCAAACUUCGACAUUUCCGUGCUGUUAAAAUUAGCGACUUAUUUAUUCUCCCGGUGCUUAUUCGAAUAUGAACAUUAGCCACGACUUAUUUCUGCUGUUGUUUCAGUGGCAGUUAUGUUUAGUUUAGCAGCUUACAGGCGUAGCUUAAUGUGAAGCUAACGGCUAACCGUCCGUAGUGUUACCAAUGCGUUACAGUAGUUUGUAGCUGUGUGAUAGUCACAUCCGCGUGCGAAAGAAGUAGCCAUGUACUGUAGUUAAUAUGACCGCCUUCUCGGUGUGGGUGUAAAUGGGGUCAGCGGAUAAGUUUAGGCGUAGUUGUGAACGUUGACACUCCACAGUUUAGAUUGCCACCUUUACACCGUGUGCUACCUGUGCGUGCGCUGCUAGCCACGUAAACUGCUCCCGCUCGGUGUUGACGUAGCAGGAGCAUCUGUCCCUUGCCUGCCCCGUCAGGCUACACUUUCUGUGAAUUUGUGGUGCCAUCGCCAGCCUGUCCGCCCAGUAAAACUGAGACACGCAGAAGACCGGACACCGAGGACAUGAACCGCUGUAAAACAAAAUGCUAUAGCUGGACCUGAACGUGUGGUUCGCUUGUUUCCUGGUCCUGCUGCAUUGAGCGGAUGAUGAAGCGGAUCAUCUGGAUGAUAUCAAGCUUAAACAGAAGAAUCAUGAAGCUGCUUUUUGCCCUCGCUUUGAUCGCCUAUAUUGCCUCUGUUUGGGGAACAUACACCAACAUGAGAUCAAUACAAGAAAUCGGAGAAAUGAAGAUCAAGCAACAAAUUGAAGACGUUGUGGCUCCUCUUAAAGAAAAGAUUCGUGACCUGGAACAAAGUUUUUCUCAGAAAUACCCACCGGUGAAAUUCCUGUCAGAAAAGGAUCGUAAGAGAAUUUUGAUAACCGGUGGAGCUGGUUUUGUGGGUUCUCAUCUAACCGACAAAUUGAUGAUGGAUGGCCAUGAAGUGACUGUGGUGGACAACUUCUUCACAGGAAGAAAGAGGAAUGUGGAGCACUGGAUUGGUCAUGAAAACUUUGAACUCAUCAAUCACGAUGUGGUAGAGCCUCUCUACAUCGAAGUGGACCAGAUCUAUCACCUGGCAUCUCCAGCCUCUCCUCCUAACUACAUGUACAAUCCCAUCAAAACACUGAAGACCAACACCAUCGGCACACUUAACAUGCUUGGCCUGGCCAAGCGUGUGGGCGCAAGACUCCUGCUGGCUUCUACCUCUGAGGUUUACGGAGAUCCAGAGGUGCACCCCCAAAAUGAGGAUUACUGGGGUCACGUGAACCCAAUCGGCCCUAGAGCGUGCUACGAUGAGGGGAAACGUGUAGCGGAGACUAUGUGUUACGCCUACAUGAAGCAGGAAGGUGUAGAGGUGAGAGUGGCAAGAAUCUUCAACACGUUCGGCUCCCGUAUGCACAUGAACGACGGACGUGUUGUCAGUAACUUCAUCCUUCAGGCUCUUCAAGGAGAACCUCUCACUGUUUACGGUACCGGCUCCCAGACAAGAGCCUUUCAGUACGUAAGUGAUCUGGUGAAUGGCCUUGUCUUGCUGAUGAACAGUAACAUCAGCAGUCCAGUCAAUCUGGGAAACCCAGAAGAGCACACUAUAUUGGAGUUUGCUCGCCUCAUUAAAAGUCUUGUUGUGAGUCGAAGCCAGAUCCAGUUUCUUCCUGAGGCCCAGGACGACCCACAGAGGAGAAGACCCGACAUCCGCAAAGCCAAGAUGAUGCUCGGCUGGGAACCGGUGGUGCCCCUGGAGGAAGGCUUAAACAAAACAAUUCAGUACUUCAGCAGAGAGCUGGAGCACCAGGCUAACAACCAGUACAUCCCCAAACCUAAAGCUGCCCGCAUGAAGAAAGGAAGACCCAGACACAACUGAGCCUUACUGUUCAACCACAACACAAAGAUGUUAAGACUCCUUAAAGUGCAGCUCUGUGAAAUACACUGCUGAUUACUGCACUCUGGGAAAUGGAGUCUUGUUUUUGUUUUUUUUGACAAGCAGAAACAUCCUACUCUUAAAACUCAUUUUACAAAGACUGUUGCCCUGCACUGGACAUACAAUUGCAGUGCCAGUAAGGCCGCCUUACUGCAGCUUGUGUGACAGACGAGCCUGAAUCAGAGGCAACAAACUGAAGGCAAGAAACUUGCCUCAAUCUACUUUCUUUUGUGAAUUUAUGCUUUUGCUAUUUAAAUCGCCGACAUGAGAAUUCUGCAAACAGCUUGCACUGCGCAUCUGUGCUUUGUGUUUACUUUGUGUUUUGUCUGUAGAAACAAGCUAUCUGAAUUUGUUUUUUUCCACUGGAUGUUUUGUCCUUCGAUCAGUGGCGUGCCGGCACCCUGUUGGCUGUCCAUGCAGCGCACCGCAGGGCUGGGAUAAAACUUCUAGAAAGACUGUUACAGCAUCAUUUGCUUUUCACAACAUCAUCCGUGUUUGUGGAUUAAUUAUUUCGGGUGAAGAUGCUAUUUUAAUAAAAUAUUUCCAAUA